UUGGCACACCUGGCAGCAUUGGUCGUCUGCCCACUCUCCUCCCCUCCUUUCCCUGGGCUGCUGCCAACAGUGUCUGCCCCUGGCACCGGCUGUCAGCAGCACUCUCAUGCCCAGGAGGCAGGCUGCUGCAUGUGCCUUGGGUGAGCCCCACAAAGGUCCCCAGAAGGUGCUCAGGUGGCCGGCCCCCUCCACUGAGGCUUCCUCAGGCUGCACCCCGUCAAGAGUGCUGCCAUCGUGGGCUGGUGCCCUCCGAGCUGCCCCAGAGGAACACGGAUGACAGAAUCGCGCUGAGGUUUUUCAGGGGAGCUCUUGGGAGCUUCAGGUCCACUUUGAGCUUUGGGGCUGUCCUAGACUCCCAUCCCCGGGAGAUGUGCUGAGGCCAAUCCUGAACAUUUUCUUCUGGGUUGGUCUAGCAUAGGGUAGGUAUCAGUUCAUCUUGGGGGCAUCCUGUGGUAGCUUCUAUCCCUGAGAAUCUCUGCUGCUACUGGAAAAUAAAUGCACAAGUUCCUAACCUUUAAAGGCAGGGCUCAGCGAAUGGGAUGGGGCGGGGGGAGAGUUCGCUUGAGACCCAGGGCUCGGGGGGGAUUUUCAGAGAUCCAGGAGGGUGAAGGUUAGAUUGCAGAUUCUGGGCUCCCUUGGCAUGGGCCUGUGUGGAGCUGGUGCUGCCUCGCUUUUGCCUGCCCACGGCCACCUCCUCUUCCUGGUGGUCAGUGGUCCAGUGCCCUCUGCCCAGCCCUCCAUUCAGCUGAUUAACUUUGCCUGCCAGAAACGAAGAAACAAAAAACGUGGGGCGCUCACUUGGGAUCCUUGUGCCAGAAACAGACUGAGCCACUUGUGUUGACUUUGGUCUUGUGGCAGCAUCAAGUUGCAGCUGACUUAAGGUGCCCCUGUAGGGCUUCCAAGGCCAGAGAUGUUCAGCGUGGUCCCCCAUUGCCUAGAGACCUGAGAUGUCCUCGGCUGCCUCUUGGCCAAGUCCUUAUCAGGACUGCUUAGCUCCUCAGGUCUGAUGAGAUCAAGCUCGUCUGGGAUUAGGUCCUGCAACGCAUUGCUCAACAAAAGGUGUCUCUUAGGCCUCUCUGGGCAGCGGUGGAACGUCAAAUUGUGAGGCCGAGUAAAAGGGGCGGCUCUAGAAGACGAGACCUGCUCUGUGAACUGAGGUGUCUUUUGCUUUGCUUACAUCAAAACUUGGGGAGAUGGGGACCGGGCGAGGCUUCUUGGCAGGCCCCGUUUCUCUGCCUUGGUCCAAGCCCAGACUCCCUUCCUCUCCGCCUGUUCGCUGGGACUGGGUGCCUCGAGGCUUGCUGUGGGCUCUGCUUAGAAGCACUGGGAAGGGCCGAGCCAGAGGUUCGACCUCAUUGUUCUCGGAGGCAGAACAGGACAGUCUGAAAAGGUCAGCUGCUGCUGCAGGCUUGCCUGGGCCAGCGAUCUGAAGCUGGGCAGUGUGCACAGAGGGCAGAGUUCUCCUGGGCCGGGGUGGGGGGUGGGGGCCAGCUCCUGUCCAGCCAACCCAGGCCAAGGAUUCACAAGAUCCUGCUUGACUCACAAGGGCUCAUCUGAUUCAGAGCUGGCGCUGGGCCCCUGGGGGCGGCCUUGUUUUCCCCACUUUCUCUCGCCAGCCAGCCAGCCCCCUGGCCGGCUCUGCUCCCCUGAACGAUGUGCUUGAUCCUUGAACUCUCAGCGCCACAUAGUCACGGCUGGGCGUGAAUUCCCGCUUUACAGCUCUGACUUAUCUCUAGCAAUAAACAACCCUCUCCAGUAUAAAUAGCGGCAAACACAGACUGUGCAGCACUCUGGACCGCGGACACUGCAGACCAGAUCGGGUUGGAACAUCUCCCAAGAUGAGAGGCCUUGGUGUGACCCUUGUCCUCUUGUUCCUCACAGGAACCCAGGCGAGCCACUUCUGGCAGCAAGAUGAGCCCCCGCCCUCCCCCCUGGAGCGCUUCAGACAACAGUUCCAGAGCUGCCUGGAGUCUGCCAAGGACAAUGUCAAGGAGAUGGUGUCCCAGCUGGACCACUCCUACGUUGGCCAGCGCUUCAACCUGGACCUGGGCACCAAGGCAGAGGUGGUGGCUGCCAUGACUGAUCAGGUCCGGGAGCUCAUGGCCCCCGGCGCCCAAGCCAUCUCGGAGAGCCUGAGGAAUGACUUCCACACGCUGACAGCGGACAUGGUGCCCGUCAGGGAAAAGCUCCAGCCCCUCGUCGAUAAAAUGUACGCAGACCUGUACGAGGCGGGGCAGGCUUACCGCGCCAAGUUGACCCCCGUGGUGAAGGAGUGGCAGCAGAGCGUUCAGCAGGACAUGGUGGCGCUGCAGAGCAAGGUGGAGCCCAUCACUGCUGAGGCCCGGGAGAAGGUGCAGGCGCUGGUGGCCGACUUCCGCCAGAAGGCCAAGCCCUACCUGGAUGAGAUGCAGCAGGCCCUGAGGCAGAAGCUGCAGCUGGCCCAGGAGCGGGUCGUGCCCCGCAUGGAAGAGAUCCGUGCCAUCCUCCAGGAGCAGGCCAGCAACUUGCGCGAGGCCAUGGCCCCGCUGGUGCAGGGCGUCCGCGAGCGGGUGGGGCCAGCCUUGAAGGACUUGCAGACCCAGCUGCUGAGCUGGGUAAAAACCAUCGAGGCAAACUUGCAGCAGCAGCAGCAACAGCAGCAACAGCAGCAGCAGCAGCCCUAGAGGCCUCCCACACACACACACUCUCUGUCUGGCAGAUUUCCAGGCUGGGCGCCUGAACCAUCUCUGUCUCCCUCCAGCUGGUGUCAAAUAAAAGCCGUGCAUGGGAUG